AUGUUCUUGAGACAUUUCUUCUCCUUAUGGAGAAAGAAUUUGAUACUCUACAAAAGGAACUGGAAGGGAUCACUUUGUGAAGUUCUAUGCCCGAUCAUACUUGUUGCCUUAGUGCUACUCAUGAGAGUUUUGAUGACUAAGUCUGAGAAGACAAGCAGUCACCAAUUAGACAAAGGCCAUAUAUGGUAUGACAGGCUUGGAACUACUACUAAUGAUGCCUCAAAAGAAUUCCUUGGAUAUACUAUGUUCGAUUCUUCGAAGACAUGGAUGAAGUACUGUUUGGAUAGAGGAUAUGGACCAGAUAGAAGCAUCAUAGCACUUGCUCCCUCUUCAAGUUCAAUUGUGACAGGAGUAAAAGCCUCACUUGAUGCUGAUCUUGCUGCUUAUAACUUGACCACUAGAUUGUAUGCUUCAAGAGAUGAUAUCUUUAAAGUCUUGAAGUCUGGUAGCUAUGAGAAGGAUGACCAGCCUGGUAUCUGAUUUGGAGCAGUGCUAGAGAAGUCUGAUGCAACCUCAAACGAAUAUCAACUGAACAUGAUCUUUGACGAUGUCACUACUGAAGCUUCAGAAGAUUCAAACAUGCCUAACCAGCAACAAGAAGCUGCAAAUAAGUACCAAAGAAAGCCCGAUGAUACUUCUUGGAAUCAAUAUCGCUUAGGAGGAUACUCAUAUCUUCAAAACAUCUUUGCUAAUCGUAUCUUGGUGGAUCGAACUUCAGCUGGAGCAUAUAUCUCAAUGCUCAAUGUUCCAAUGAAAUCUUCUGAUUACAACAAAGAUGAUUUUGCAAAUGCAGCAACUGAUUUGUGGAACUUCUUUAUCCUGUUCAUAUUUUUAGCCCCCCUGUACAGGUUCUCCUACAACUCAACAAAUGAAAAAGAGACCAAAGUCAGAGAAGCCAUGAAGAUCAUGGGACUUACUGAUACUCCAUAUUGGCUUUCAUGGUUUACUUAUUACCUUGUCAUCAACACUUUCCUCAGUCUGGUAAUGAUGCUGAUUCUGAUACCUGUGUUCGAGUACUCAAACAAGUUCUUGGUGUUCUUGUAUUUAUGGAUCUAUGGAAUGACUAUGUUCAGCUUUGGACUGUUCAUUGGAGCAUUCUUCUCAACUGGCAAGACUGCAUCUAUUGUGUCAAGUAUGCUGUUCUUCUUGUCUUCUUUCUUGAUCACUGCAGUUCAGGAUUCAACUGUAUCUGAAACUUUGAAGACUCUUGUAUCAUUUAUUCCGGCCAUUGCUGUUCAAUUAGGAGGAGUUAACUUGCUUGCUUUUGAAGAUUCUGGAAUAGGAUUAGGCUUCGACAACUGGAACGAAGUGUACGAAAACUACAGAUUCUCGACUUGCAUCUGGAUGAACGUGUUAUCUUUCUUUGUGUUCUCGAUUGCCGGACUGUAUCUUGAGAAUGUGAUGCCAGCAGCAGUAGGAGUAAGAAAGCCAUUGUGGUUCCCAUUCACGAAACAGUUCUGGUGCGGAUCUAAGCACAAAGAAAGAGAGGAAAGAGAAAACAGAGAAGGAGAAGGCAACAAAGUUGCCAACUCAAGCGAUGAAGAUAGUUUAGAAGAAAAACUAGCUGUGGAUCCUGAAAACUUUGAAGAUAUUCCUGAAAACCUCAAAAGAAAGGAAGAUGACAACAAAUUCCUUCAAAUCCAAGGUCUUAAGAAGAAGUUCGGUGACAGCUUCUGGGCUGUCAAUAAUCUCAACGUUGAAAUGUAUGAAGACCAGAUCUUUGCUCUGCUCGGCCAUAAUGGAGCAGGCAAAUCCACCACCAUGAACAUGAUGUGCGGUAUGAUCUCGAAGACAAAAGGAACUGCUUCCAUUUAUGGCUAUGAUAUCGAAACAGAAAUGAACGAAAUCAGGAAGAUGAUGGGAUACUGUCCCCAACACAAUAUUCUGUUUCCAAAGCUGACUGUGAAAGAGCACUUGCAAAUAUUCGCAAAGUUCAAAGGGAGGUCUCAAAAAGAAAUCGACGAAGAGAUCGAUGUACUGAUCAAAGAUCUUAAUUUGGAUUCCAAGAGAAACGUGCUGUCUAAAGACUUGUCUGGAGGGUACAAAAGGAAACUCUGUCUGGGCAUCGCCCUUGUCGGAGGCUCCAAAGUAGUGUUCUUGGAUGAGCCUUCAAGCGGAAUGGAUGUUACUGCCAGAAGAGAAAUGUGGGACAUGCUCAAAAAAUACAAAGAAGACCGAAUCAUCAUCUUGACCACUCACUACAUGGAGGAAGCUGACAAUCUUGGUGAUCGAAUUGGAAUUAUGUCACACGGCCAAAUGCUUUGUUGCGGAAGACCAGAGUUCUUGAAGAACAAGUUUGGAGAAGGCUACAACCUUGUCGUUGUCAAAGAGAAUAGAGAAGAGAACAGAGAACUCGAAUCAUUUAUUACUAAUAAUGUCCCAGGAUCUACCAAAGUAUCAGAAGUGAGUUCAGAAGCUACGUACUUGUUGCCAAAGGAUUCAUCAAAAUACUUUUCAGAGUUCUUCAAGAAGUUUGAUAGCGACCUUAAAAAGUUAGGAGUCUCAUCAUAUGGAGUGUCAAUGACAACUCUCGAAGAAGUUUUCUUGAAAGUUGAACAAGACCCUGAAGAAAAUAAAGCUGAAAUUAUGGAAAAGAUCAUCAAGAAGAGAACAAGCAUGGUUGAAGAUGAAAAACUUGAAGAUGAUUAUAGCAUUUCUAAAGAACAAACUGAAGGAAGCUUUAAUAUUCUAUGGCUGCACUUGGUGGCUCUGCUCAUCAAGAGAUUUAUAUUGUCUAAAAGGAAUCUCAAAGGAUUUGUAGUUGAUCUGUUCGUUCCUGGAGCUUUGAUUAUCAUUGGUAUGGGUAUGGCUACCAUAGAGUUUUUUAAAGAUUCAGGACAAAGAACACUUGAUGUUUCACUGUUUCCUCUUGACCAAAGACUGAUCUACAACACAAACUCAGCAGCUGGAGGCUCUUCAGGAUUAGAUUUGAUCAACUUGCUGGGCGAUCAAUCCAACUUCACAAUCACUGCUCUAUCAAGCACAUAUGCAAGCACAACAGCAGGACUCCAGAGCUUCGACAAUGACAUAUAUGCUGCUUCUCAGGCUUCUCCUAUCAAUCCGUUCCGUUAUGGGCACUACUUCUUCAACUCGGUGGACUACACUACUAAUAGAUACCAAGUAGUCACAAUGGCAAACAGUACAAGUCAGGACGCUCAAGCUGCAUACGCUUCAUUCAUGUACGAAGCUAUACUUAGGAAGGCUACUUCUGCUAGCAGCCUGAAGUUUACUACAGUUAAUGAUCCCAUGCCUAUUGUACAGAUCUUUAAAGAUAGAGAAAAUGGAGGAAAUGCUUUCUUUAUGGGCUUCAUUCUUGGAAUCGCGCUUGCUCUUGUCCCCACCAGUAUUGUAGGAUUUUUGCUAAACGAAAACUUAACCCAAACACUCCAUCAGCAAAUCAUCAGUGGAAUGAACAAGCUUUCGUAUUGGAUAUCAAACUACUGCUUCGAUGUGGUGAAGAUGGUGUUAACAGUAGUCUUUGCAAUUAUUUUCUUCUAUAUAUUCUCUCUUGAAGUGGCUUAUGGCUGGCUGUUUCUGCUUUUACUGCCAUUUGCAAUGAUUCCAUACACAUAUUGUACUUCAUUCUUAUUCAAUGAUGAAGGAGGAGCUAUGAACUUUACGAUCUAUCACAACUUCUUCCUUGCCGCUUUGUUCCCAACUGCAUUCACUGUGCUAAGAAUCAUCAACUCUACAAGGAGUAUUGGAAACUUUUUAGUUUGGUUACUCAGAUGGCACCCACUUUACUGCUGCAUUAAUGGAAUCGUAGUUAUUUCAACAAAGGAUGCAAUUGCUACAGUUAGAGAUGUUGAUCCUCCAAAUGCAUUGGCUAUUGACUAUGGUGCAGGAGCAGAUCUAAUAUUCCUCAUUCUUCAGAUAUUCUUCUGGACUAUCUUAUUGGUGUUAAUCGAAGUAGGAGCUUGCGGAUGCUGUAGAAGUAAAGGAAGAACUGUCCAUGAUGAGCCUGAAGAACUUGACAGUGAUGUGAUAAAAGAGCAAGAAAGAGUUGAAAAUAUUUCUGAGCAAAACCUUGCUGUUAAAGCCGACCAUAUGAGAAAAGUCUAUGGACAGAAAGUUGCUGUUAAAGAUGUAUCAUUUGGACUUGACUUCGGGGACUGCUUCUGCUUGUUAGGAGUCAAUGGAGCUGGUAAAACCACAAGCUUUAAAAUGCUCACAAACUUUGUUGUGCCCACUGCAGGACAAGCCCAUAUCAAAGGGUACAAUGCCAAGACCCAGUUCACAGACGCCAGAAAACAAAUCGGCUACUGCCCACAGUUCGAUGCCAUUUUCAGCCACAUGACUGUGAGAGAACACCUAGAGUUCUACGCUAAAAUCAAGAAGAUCCCCAAAGGUUAUCAUGAACGACUCAUCAAAAAGGAACUCAAGAGUAUGAACUUGGAACAAUACGAAAACAAGCAAGCUGGAUCCUUGUCAGGCGGUAACAAGCGUAAGCUCUCGGUGGCUAUGGCCAUGAUUGGGAACCCUCCAGUGGUGUUCCUUGAUGAGCCAUCAGCAGGUAUGGAUCCUAAAGCCAGAAGAUUCAUGUGGGAAGUUAUUGCCAAGAUUUCUACAAGAGGCAAGAACUCUGCUGUUAUCUUAACCACCCACUCAAUGGAAGAAGCAGAAGCCUUAUCGACAACCAUGGGAAUCAUGGUCGAUGGACAGUUCAAGUGAUUUGGGUCUAAGCAACACAUCAAGAACAAGUUUGGAACUGGAUACCAAGUUGAGAUUAAGUUUAGGAUAAUGGAAGAGGAAGAAAUUCAGAAGAAGAUAGAUAACAUCAAACUGUUAGACUUCUUGAGAGACCACUACAGCCCAUGCUACAAAGUCGAGGACAUCAAAGGAGCUGAGUACAUCAUGCUCAACAAAGAUGCUUGCUCAGCUGUUCUCAGAGAUCUACUAGGUAGCAAUGCAGCUUACAAUGAGUUCCACUCUAAUGGAUUCGGUAAAGAAAUAAUUGAAGAGCUUGAAGAGAACGGAUACUAUCCCGCUCACUCUCUGCUGAACUGGGAGUAUGUGGUCAAGAACAAUUUCGCAUCUCUGAACGUUUUAAUUGACGAGUUCGGCGAAGCCACUCUGAUUGAGCAAUACUCACCCAGAUUCAGGUACAGAGUUCCGAAAGGAGAUAAAUCAGUAGGAUACUUCUUCAGUCUGAUGGAGAAAUUAAAAGAAAAGCUAGACAUUGAUGAGUAUUCAGCUUCACAGACAACUCUGGAACAGAUUUUCAAUGGAUUUGCAAGGACCGAAGGAAAUCGAGUAGAGGAGAGAGACUUCACCAAAGAUACCCUGUUAAAUGCUGGAGUCGCAGCUAGUGAUACAAAUAAGCCAGGAGCUUCACUAAACCAAGUGCCAAACAUGAAGGAGAACUCAAUGAAGGGGACUCCUAGCCAAGAUAGUAGAUACGAGGGAGGUAAAGACAGCAAAGACUAUGACGAAGAAGACUAACAGACCCUCAUAAUAGCUAUAAUUCUUAUAAUCUUCAAAACAACUCAUUUUCAGUUUUUGUAGUUUCGAGGGUUUCUAUCAGAUAUUUAGGACAAUUUUAGAAUUUACAUUCUGCGAUCACCAGAUUUUAUACGGUAGGGCAAUUAACAAUCUUACCUGGUAAGAACGAAAUUUAUACAGCGGGAUUUACUAGGUUUCGAUAUCUGGGAGUUAGCAAGCUCUAGCACUUAGCUUUGUGACAACUCUGAAGUGCCAGAGCUUUUAAAGAAGUUGACAGAAAUCGGAUUGGUGAUGAAUGAUCCAUCUGGGUCCUGUCCCAAUCCACAAUCCCAUAAAGAACGAAACCUCUGGUGUUAACUCAAAGUCUUGUUGGGAAAUAGCCCAGAUUCGCCUUGAUAAGUCUGAAAAGCUAUCUUGGCCAUUUCUGAAUAUGAAAAUUUAUUUGAAAAUAAAAUUUAAAGGAAUUAUGAAACGAAUUCUUCUAUUUAAGAUCUUGCUAGAGAGUCCCAAGGAGCUGGCCUUCAUGUAUUAGAUAGAUUUAUUAAUUGGAAAGAGUUUUGAACCAUAAUAUGGCCGGCUUGCAUAAACUUGGCCCAGGCAGUUCGUUGCGCAAGGAAAGACGGAUAAUCAUUAGUGAAUUAUUUUAGUUCAUCAGGUAAGACACCUGAUGCUUCUUGGUAACUGACUUUUAGAAGGAGAAGGUGAGGUGGUCUUAGAAGGCUUCAUCAAUCUAGCCCCUGAUCCUUCAGAGGAGUAGAUGGUUAAACUAUAUUUAUGCAUUUCAAAUGUCAGGAUUUAUUUCCAAAAGUUUUAAUUACCAAAAAUCUUAAAUUUCCGAUCUAAAAUGGUUAUUAUCAGGAUUAUUCUAGAACCAAAAUUUUAUGUUUUUGAUAAAAUUUCCCCCCAAACAGACUCAUUCUUAGCCCCACUCAUGCCAUAUCCACCUCUAAACCACCCCUAUCUCCUAAACUCCUCCUCCCCUUCCCAACUCCCCACCAACCCCAUCCCAAAAUCACUUC